AAGCGAGAAACUGGGCGGGUCUUCCUGGUUUCUGAGACGGAACUAAGAGAAAAUGAACUAGAUUUACACUCAACGCGGUUGGAGAGGAGUAGGUACAUGAUUUUUCAUCAGAAGACGAGAAUAAUUUGUUAUUACUAAACAAGAAAGCACUGCAGAAUGUCCUAUAGAAGAGGUGGCCCUCCUGAUGCAGGAUGGUCUGAAGGGCGUUAUGAUUAUGAUGAGAGAAGUCCACGGGAACGUUACACCCCUGGAAGAAUUCCACCUGGAGAAGAAUAUCACAGAACAGUUCAUCGGAGGGGGGUGGUUGAAAGGCAUGGUGAGGGAGGGUAUAGCAGAGAUUUUGAUCAUUAUUCUGAAGGAGAGGAGUACAGAGCUUUCCCUGAUGACAGUCGCAGCCUCGGACAUGAUCGAAGAAGUGGUCCGUCUCAUAGAUGGGAUGAUCCAAACUAUCGGUGGCAAAGGGAGGAUCAUCAUGGACCUCGGCCAGAGUUCAGGGAUAGAGAUGGUGUGAGAAGAAAAGAAUUCUAUCCACCACCUCAUGGCAGAGAACGUUCUCCUCACAAAAGGGAUUCAUUCUACAGGGACUCGCCAGUAAAUCGAAAAGGUUCCCCGCACAGUAGAUCUGGAUCCAGCAUUAGCAGCCGGAGUUACUCACCAGAGAAAAAGAAGCAGUUUUCUUCUCAUCAGCCCUCCACCCAACAUGGCAAAAGCAAAGACCGUACGAGCAUUCAUUCACUGAACACGUCAAGAGAUGCAUCGCCACCAGGCUCUACAGUUGUACCUUCUUCAAAAGAUGUCCCAGGACCAGUGUAUGACGAACAGUCAGAUGAACGCAAAACUGGUGUGGAAAGUAAUGCACGAUUAUUAGAAGAAACUCCGUUUGAUCGUCGAUCUGAAGCAAUUGCAUUGAAAACAAAAGAAAUUGAGCAGAUUUACAGACAGGAUUGUGAAACCUUUGGAAUGGUUGUGAAGAUGCUGAUUGAUAAAGAUCCAUCUUUAGAGAAAUCUGUCCAGUUUGCCCUGAGAGAAAAUUUGCAUGAAAUCGGAGAGCGUUGCAUUGAAGAGUUGAAACAAUUCAUAGCAGAUUAUGAUGCCAGAAAUGAAGAACAGCCUGUCAAAGUCUAGAAAUAGUUACUAGUAAAUAUUUUUAUAUUGUUAUGUAUUACUAAAGCAAAGGCAGAACAUUGUUUAGACUUGGAUGGAUAGUGUUACUGUCUUAAGUACCAGCAACAGUUUAACCUGGUUUAAAGUGUGUGUAUGCCCUGAUUAUCCCAGGAAAUGACCAAAAAAGGUAGUGUGUGAGUUCCCCUUUAACAGUGAUAUAAUUCAUUUUCAUCAUCUUCGUACUGGUAAUGCAAACAUGAAUACAUUAAGUAAGAAAACAAGAAGACAGUGGUUGUCAAGUGUGACUUUGGACUACAGGUAAGAAGUAAAAACGUGUUCCUUUAAGAGCGCAGUUAGAUCUUUGUAACAUGCUGUCCUGUUUAAUUUCUCCCACAUCAGGCCAACAGAAGUAUGUUACAAAAGAUUUAAAGUCACAUGUGGCCACUAUAACUAAUAAAAUUAAGUCUAAUGGUAAGCACAUUUCUGCUUCUAGAGAGCUGCAGUUCACCCAUUUGUUCACUUGUGUCAAAUCUGCAGCAUAUUUCAUUGUUCUGUUCAGUGAAGAUAAAAUCUUCAUUUUUCUGUAGUAUUGUUAAUUUGAACUUGACCCAGACAUAGAAAAUGAUUUGAUAGUUCUGUUGCUGGACACGUUGGAAAAGUCGUGCGACAGUAACUGUUUCCCCAUAUCAUCCACUUAAUCUGUUGUUGCUUCUGACUGGCAAACUAGACAUUCUGUUAGUUAAAAUUAUAUCAAGAUCUGUAAUGCAGGACUUCAGAAUUGCAUCGGUGCAUCACCUUUACUUGUUUCAAUUAGCUGUAUGUAAAACUGUGUCAGUAUUCUGAAAUGCACAAUGUUUGAAUUAUAGUCCUGUUUCAGAUUGUUUUCACUGCCUGAAUUUAUAAAAAUGAAUGUUUGUUGUGAUUACUAUGGAGGAAGUGAUUUUCUCAACUGCUGCUAUUGUCAUGCAGAGCUAAAGUUGUUUGCAAAUACAUUUAUAAAAUUGGCGGGUUAAAACGAAUUGUAGUUAUCCAUCAUGUGGCCACUGCAAAACUGAGAAAUCUGUGGCCGCAGGUUUAGUUUCUUUUACAAUAUUUCUGAGUACAAGGCUACUUGGAUUAAUUGUGUUAACAUGCCCCAGUCAUGAAUUAGGAUGUAGUCACCACAUUAGACAGGAGAUUGAAUUCAUCAGGCUGUUGUCUUCAUGUCUUAUCUCACAUGCGGUGUGAAUGACUGUAUAGCUUAAACGUGCAGCCACGUAUGUGGCUGUCAUAGUCUGGUUACGUGCUCGUAACAGGGCAGUUGCCAUUUUUUCCCUUUUACCCUUCCAUCUAGUUACAUUAGAGCCAACUGUCCUCCUCCUGCCCACCAUCUAAUUAAUUCCUUCUGGGGGAGAAUGAGUGGCAAAGCCUUGGGGUUAAAUAUUUAUUUUCCAGUCUGCCCCCCCCCCCCACCCAACGUCACCAGACGUGCAAUGACAUCAGUGUUAAGUAUAGUUGUGCUUCCAUAUGCAUGCUCCAUUAUGGAUGUCUCACCUCUGCUUUCCCACUUACUUGCCUACUGCUUGUCCCCAGCAUCUACUGAGGGCCGUUCUAAUCAGUGUAACCACUCCUGGAGGACGAAACAGCUGGCCAUCAGACUUGAAGUCCUCCCCACUUUCUGGCUGUCAUCUUUUAGUUGGGAUGCAGGUCAUUCCUGGAUCAGUGUCAUAUAUGGAAGGCCUUCCUCAAGUCAGCGUUGUUCAAAAAUGUGCAAUUCCUUCCAUGAUAAAGGGGAUUGGAAUUUGUUGUCUGACUUUCAAAUUAACAGUGUAUGUAAAAAAAAAAAAAAAAAUGCGUCUCAAAAGAUAAUGUAAUUCUUAUGUAAUUAUAUUAUAGUAAAUAGAUAAUACAUGCUUCUGGAAAUUUGAAUUGUAUAAAAUGGGCGUAAUAUGACUUUUAAUUAUGAAGAUAUUUUAAAAAAAAUUUUAUUUAUGUUAACAGUACUUGCCAAAAUGCUUACUGAAGACAUGGUGUGACUGACAAAAUACUAUCCCCUAACUAUACAGAAAUUUUAUUUUACUGUUCAAAAAAAAUGGAAAGCAGAAACAUACUUAUUAUAUUUUCAGUGUGAAAGAAAUUGCACAUUGCCCUGGUAUCUUGAUAAUGAGUAUUUCUUCAAGAUGAUGUGAGGUAACUCUGUUGCUGUUAAGUAUUUUGUAAAUUAUCAAAUUCUGUAUAUGACAUUGUGUUUGCAGAUGAGUACUUAUCAAUUUUGUUUUAUACGUUAGAGUUACUGGGUGCUUUUUUGCCGUUGCCUUUCCUCAUCCACCAUUUUGAGACUUUUCUACUAAUGGGAUAUUUUGUUUAUAAGGCAUGUUUUUUUUUAUUUAACAUUUUUUGUCAGAUGUUAAAUAAAAUCAACUGGUAUAAACAA